AUUUCCACUAAAUUGAACCCGAAAGUAUUUAUAGAAUCAUGCCGGAUCAUCACAGGGGGGGGACUAAAACCCUAGGUUCUUGUUAUCUUCCACAACACAACUGAGUCUGAGAGAAGAGCGGCCAUUGCUAACUCCUCAGGCUGAUAACUUCCAACUGAAAUAUGGCAACUUUUGCCAAGCCAGAGAAUGCUCUAAAGCGAGCAGAAGAGUUGAUCAAUGUUGGCCAAAAACAAGAUGCACUUCAAGCACUUCAUGAUCUGAUUACUUCCAAGAGAUAUCGAGCUUGGCAAAAGACGCUUGAAAGGAUAAUGUUUAAAUAUGUUGAGCUUUGUGUUGACAUGAGGAGGGGUAGGUUUGCAAAGGAUGGCCUGAUUCAGUAUCGUAUUGUUUGUCAACAAGUGAAUGUUAGUUCAUUGGAGGAGGUGAUCAAGCAUUUUAUGCAUCUUUCAACUGAGAAAGCAGAGCAAGCUCGUAGUCAGGCACAAGCCCUGGAAGAAGCCCUUGAUGUUGAUGAUCUUGAAGCAGAUAAAAGGCCAGAAGAUCUUAUGCUAAGUUAUGUCAGUGGAGAAAAGGGAAAAGAGAGAUCUGAUCGUGAACUUGUCACACCUUGGUUCAAGUUUUUGUGGGAGACAUAUAGAACAGUGCUUGAAAUAUUACGUAACAACUCUAAGUUGGAGGCAUUGUAUGCGAUGACAGCACACCGGGCCUUCCAGUUUUGUAAGCAGUACAAACGGACAACAGAGUUCCGGAGGCUCUGUGAGAUAAUCAGAAACCAUCUAGCAAAUCUUAACAAGUACAGAGAUCAGAGAGAUCGCCCUGAUUUAACAGCCCCAGAGAGUUUGCAACUUUAUCUUGAUACAAGAUUUGAGCAGCUGAAAGUUGCUACUGAGCUUGAGCUCUGGCAGGAAGCUUUCCGUUCCAUUGAAGACAUUCAUGGCUUAAUGUGCAUGGUUAAGAAAACCCCAAAGCCAUCCUUGAUGGUGGUCUAUUAUGCCAAGCUUACUGAGAUUUUCUGGAUUUCAUCUAGCCAUCUUUACCAUUCGUAUGCAUGGUUCAAGCUUUUCACACUUCAGAAGAGCUUCAAUAAGAACUUAAGCCAGAAAGACUUGCAGUUAAUUGCAUCAUCAGUUGUAUUGGCUGCUUUAUCUGUUGUCCCAUUUGAUCAUCCCCGUGGAGCAUCUCAUCUUGAAAUUGAAAAUGGGAAAGAGCAUAAUUUGAGGAUGGCUAAUCUUAUAGGAUUCAGUCUUGAUCCUAAACUGGAGAAUAGAGAAGUGCUUUCAAGAGCAUCCCUUCUAGGAGAACUGGUCUCCAAAGGUGUAAUGAGCUGUGUGACUCAGGAAGUUAAAGAUCUUUACAAUCUUCUGGAGAAUGAGUUUCUUCCUCUGGAUCUUGCAUCGAAAAUACAGCCAUUGUUGAGCAAAAUCUCAAAACUUGGGGGCAAGCUUUCUUCAGCUUCAUCUGUACCAGAAGUGCAACUUUCCCAGUACGUCCCUGCUUUGGAAAAGCUUGCUACUCUGAGACUGCUUCAGCAGGUGUCUCAUGUAUAUCAGACGAUGAAAAUUGAGAGUUUAUCUCAGAUGGUUCCCUUUUUUGAUUUUUCUCAUGUGGAAAAGAUAUCAGUUGAGGCAGUGAAACAUAAUUUUAUAGCUAUGAAGAUUGAUCAUAUGAACGGUGUUGUACUGUUUGCUAGUUUGGGUCUUGAAUCUGAUGGGCUGCGGGAUCACAUGGCUGUUCUGGCUGAAUCUUUAAAUAAAGCAAGGGCUAUGAUAUAUCCUCCUGUUAAGAAGGCAUCAAAACUAGGUGAAUUGUUGCCAAAUCUAGGGGAUAUUGUGGAUAGGGAACACAAGAGGCUUCUUGCUCGCAAAUCAAUCAUUGAGAAAAGGAAGGAAGAACAAGAGCGUCAAUUAUUGGAAAUGGAACGUGAGGAGGAAUCAAGGAGGCUUAAGCUCCAGAAGAUAACUGAAGAGGCAGAGCAGAAGAGGCUAGCUGCCGAAUACGAGCAACGUAGGAAUCAAAGGAUUCUCCAGGAAAUAGAAGCACGAGAGCUUGAAGAAGCACAGGCACUACUUGAGGAAACUGAGAAGCGCCUUAAAAAGGGAGGAAAGAAGAAACCAAUUUUGGAUGGAGAAAAGGUAACAAAGAAGAGUCUGAUGGAGAGGGCCUUGAGUGAGCAACUGAAGGAAAGACAAGAAAUGGAGAAGAAGCUACAAAAGCUUGCUAAAACGUUGGAUUAUUUGGAAAGGGCAAAAAGAGAGGAAGCAGCUCCCUUGAUUGAAGCUUCUUAUCAGCGAAGGCUGGUGGAAGAGCAGGUCCUUCAUGAACGUGAGCAACAGCAAGAGGUUGAGCUGAGCAGACAGUGCCAUGAUGGAGACUUGAGGGAGAAGAACAGACUGGCACGCAUGGUGGAUAACAAGUUUGUAUUCCAAGAAAGAGUAAUGAGCCGUCGGAAAUCCGAGUUUGACCGACGAAGAGCAGAGAGGGAGGAAAGAAUAAACCAAAUCAUUCAGGCUAGGAAACAGGAGAGGGAGCUUAAGAGGAAGAAAAUAUUCUAUGUGAGAUCUGAAGAGGAGAGACUGAGAAAGCUGCAUGAAGAGGAGGAAGCCCGCAAACGCGAAGAGGCUGAGAGACGUCGGAAGGAAGAAGCUGAGCGCAAAGCCAAGUUGGAUGAGAUUGCUGAAAAGCAGAAGCAGAGAGAGUGGGAAUUGGAAGAGAAAGAGAGGCUGAGAAGGGAAACCUUGCUCAGGCCAGCUGAGGUGCCGUCCAGGGCUUCUGAAGUUCCCACUCGUCCAGCAGAGGCUGUCACUCCAACUCCAGCUGCGGCAGCUGCAGCCCCAGCAUCAGCUGCUGUACCAGCCCCUGGAAGGUAUGUGCCUAGGUUUCGCCGGGGGGAUAAAAGUGAAUCCUCUGGCCAGGCACCACCACCUCAAGACUCUGAUCGGUGGAGUGGCAGCAGCACCAACAAGCCCCCGUCUUCUACUGAAGACCGAUGGGGCGGCAGAGGACCUCCCCCUGAAACUGAUCGUUGGAGCGGCAGAGGACCUCCCCCUGAAACUGAUCGUUGGAGCGGCAGCAGAAGCAGGGCCCCACCUGCGGAAGGUGAUCGGUGGGGUAGCGGUCGAUCAGAUGACCGUCCUGCUAGUGACAAAUGGCGGGGUUCCUCCUUUGGUAGGUCCACUGCAUCUAGGGUCCCACAACGCUGAGUGAUGACCAGGCUACAAGUGUUGGUGAGAUGAUGCUUGUUGGAAGGGGGUUAAUUUUGACAUGAAAUAUCUUGGACGAACUGAACUACCUUAGUGGGUUUUUUUUUUUUUUUUUUUUUUUGAGUAAAACCUCGUAUUUGUCCCAUAACUUUUAAGGAAUAAUUGUUCUUGUUAUUGACUGGAACCUGGUUGGGUUUGGUUCUUUUGUUUUUAAAUUUAUUUUUACCAUUGCAGUGUAUUGAGAUGGCAAGCCUGAGGAACUCUUACUGUAAUCUGUUAGUACUUCA